ACUUUGAGCAAAUCACAUUUAUUCCGAUUUUGCAAAAGGAAGUUGAUUCUUUUGUGUCGCAAAAAAUUGUAAAAUUGUUAUUAAUUUCAUCUCGAAUUGGUUAAGUUGUUAGCUUAGCUUAGAAUAGCUUACAAAAUGUUGAGGACAGUUUCGACAAGAUUGUCCUGCAUUAGUUGUGGAGGAGGAAUCAGUUUACUCAGAAAACCGGUUUGCCUUCCACACUGGACACCGACAACAACAAAUUUUGAGUCACCAGAACAGAGACGUGGUAAAAGUUAUUACGCGUCUGACCUCGAAGGUCCUCCCGAAUUGUACACCGACUUUGAAAAGUCGUACGCCGAGUGGAAAUGGGUGGAGAGGAUGAUUCCACCAAAAACCGUCCCCCUACGACCUGCCACUCCCGGAAAAGUGUUCCCUUCAGGAUGGACGGUACCCAAUCCUCCCAAGAACUGCUCUUAUUACAUCCCACGGAACAAGAAUCACAUGGUGCCGGUCUACACCCUCACAUGGGACAGGGGACAGAUUAGAGAGACGAGAAUUAAAUUUGUGGAAGGAAAUAUUUGGGCGCUGGAAAGAGAUGUUGGAAAGUUUUUGAAAUCUAUAUUUCCGUACAGGAUUAUUUCAACGUAUACACAGGAAUGUGCCAGAUUCGUCGGGAUAAAGGGUGACCAUACGGAACAGGUUAAGGAGUGGUUAAUAAAACGAGGCUUCUAAUAUUAUUAUUCAGAUAGUUUGAAAGUUGGACAAUUUUAUAUUAACAAAUGAAAUAUAGUAUAUGAAUAUUGUAGAUGAAUACAUUUAAUGUUAUCAAAUUUAGCCCAUCAUGAAUUUCAAUUUAUUAAACCGACCAGUCAGGCAGCGUGCCAAGACUAA